GGAAUAUGAUAUUCACACUUCGGAAACUCGGUGGAGUGUGAAAGUGUCGGAGGAAGCUGCUACACUUUGCGUUAAAAACUGGUUGAAGCUGAUGAUUUUCUAUCAAAGGGCACCAUGGUGGAUGCUGACUGAGCUCUUCAGUUUCCCUGUUUUUGUUUUUUUGUAUUUUUUUAGUGCUGAUGCAGGGGUUUCCUUCCUAGUGACCCCAUCCUGGAAUGUGUUCUACUGAUUGCAGCAGUGGACACUAGUGUCUCUAGUUUUCUUGGAAGAUUGUUCCUUCUAGCUAGUAGGUGAUGCCCUUUUAGGAAUUUUUAAUUUCUGUGAAAGGACUGCAGGAGUUCUUUUUUGACAAGAUGCCCUAUGAAUGGUGGAGCACAAUGCAGGCCAGCCUUCUACUCAGUGGCUGGGUUUUGCCAUGUCUCGUAUGGGUCUCUUGUCCAUCCUUUGUGCUCAGUGAGUUCAAACUGGCCUUUGUGACCAACUUCAGUCUAUAUAAUUGCAGCUGUAGCAGACCACUGUCUGUGUGUGAAAGGAUCAACUCCAAUGACUGCAACUGCACCACUCUGUCCUUCUCCAUGCUGCACUGCCACAAUGGCUCUUGUCACGUGAAUGAGGACAGUGUCACCAUCUGGUACACAUCUCCUACCAACGUGGCUCUUCUCCUGAACAAUUCCAAAGUGCAGCACCUCUCCCUAGUGAAGUGUGAUGCUGAAGUUUCCAGACCAUCCCUGUAUGACUACUUUGCAGUACAGAAACUGAAAAGGCUAACCGUGUCCUACCCCAAUCGGUAUUCAGAGUUUUCUCAUGACAUCCUUCUGGAAACAGCAACAAAGUCUGGUGUCAGUGACGUAGCCAGCACUACCAUCAUCCACCUGUCUAUUCUUGCAGGCAAGCAAAGUAUGAAAGCCUACACCGUUCAGACCGUUGGCUUCAGUCAUAACAGCUUUCCUUUUCUAAACCUGAGCAUAGCCCAAGCAGAUCUGGCGAAUCAUCAAAAUGCUUUAAUAACAUUUGUGUACUGAAGUGCUUGUGCUCAUUUUGAUCUCUCAUCCUACAGUAUAAACAGUAUUCUGCCAGCCAAUUAUUAUUUAUAUCAUUCUCGCCAUUUCGACAAUUCAUAGAUUCUUGAUGAAUGGAAUAAAAUGCUUUGUUUUGUAAAUCGUGCAGUUUAAUUAUCAUGAGUGAAAAGAUGUAUGGGUGGAAAAAGAAUUUACCAUGUAAGCUGGCAUAUCCUGAGACAUGCUGAUCAAUACAAAUCUAUUUAUCACAUUUCACUUUUGUCAAACAUGAUAAAUAAAGUCUGUUAACAAGUAUAAAACUGGAGUUUAUUGUUCUGUUUGUACAGCUCAUGAGCACACAUGAAGGAAAUACAUAGAGUAAUAAAUGUACAGAAAAAAAUGGCUUUCUACACAGUAAUGAAUUAGCCACAUUCCAUACCAAAUGUGUCAUUUUUUUAUCUUACUUGUACGUUCCCCUACUAGUUGGCAUUUGCCUAUCUCA